UUCAUAUUUUUGCGAGCCGGACUUCAGUUAUCAUCGAACCGGCAGAACGCGAGUACGCCUGGAAUUCCAUCGACCGUUUGUUGAGUGAAAUUAGUUCCCAGUUUUUCUACAAUAUGAACGCAGGGUACAACUGGAUGCCAUGGUCCGCCCAUCAGGGUAUUCCACCGGCUGGUGUUUAUGCCGGGAAUGAUCAGGACGGAUCGCCAAUUUACAUCGGACGAGCAUUUCACGACGGGGAUCAACUGCCAGCGAAAGUAAUCCCCAGCAAACAGGCAGCUUAUGUUUCACACAAUGGUUUAGAAAUUUUCAAAUCACACUUCGAGGUAUUAAGCGGCCAAGGGUUUACCUGGGUGCAUAGCAGCAACGGACACGUACCCAGUGGAGCUGUACUUUGUGGAAAUACGACCUCUGGAGAGCCUCUCUAUAUUGGCCGCACCCAUCACGAGGGAAGUUUGACUCCGGGCAAGAUUCAUCGCAGCCAUGGCUGUCUCUACAUUCCAUUCGGUGGUGCUGAGCAAAGUUUCCUACACUACGAAGUACUCGUUGGUCAACAGCGAUCCAAUUGGUCGCACUGCUCGGCAGGUGCACCCCUUCCACCGGGCGCCAUCUUAGCAGGGCAUGACAGCGAUAGCACCCCGAUCUACGUUGGCCGAGCUUACCAUGAAGGAGACCAACUCCCGGCAAAGGUUCUUCCAAGCAAACAGAUUGCCUAUGUUUGUUACAACGGACAGGAAAUUCCGAAGCAUUCGUUUGAGGUCCUUUGCAACGGUAACGUAACUUGGGUGCCAUCCGGAUUUGGCAGUGCACCGCCGAAUGCCGUACUCGGAGGACGUACUUCGACUGGUGAAACGCUUUACAUUGGUCGUGCUCAUUAUAUGGGCAGUUUGACUCCGGGAAAGGUUCAUCCUAGUCACCAAACAUUGUACAUUCCGUACGGGGGCAGCGAGAUUCCGAUUAAGAGCUACGAAGUGUUGAUUGAGAAUUAAGAUUUUAUUCGACAAAUUUUUCGCAGUCACUUCUAUGUAAAAUGAUGAAUUCAAUAAAUCUUGUUUCGGUUUAAAAGUUGCAA